GCCGAUCUUGGGAUCUCCAGUGCCUUUUUUUAGUAUUUUCGGUGGUUGGACUUUAACUUUCUGGGCAUCACCGUCAUUGGCCAUGAUUGACGGCGAUGAUUCAAGAUUUCAUCCAGAAGACUUCACUGUCCCUCCUAAAUGGAUCCCGUUUCCCUCGAAAGUCGCAUAUCGACUCCAUGAAGCAAAGAGAAUUCCCCAUCGUUUCGAGGUAGACAAGUCAGGUAUUCCCAAACACAUAUUUCGAUCAUCAGUUAGUUCAGUAAUGGCGAGUAGUGAUAUUAUAGCUCUUCGGAGCUGUUUCGAGCUAGAAGCUGAUUUUUUAAGACUUGUUAGAGAGCUUCAUGGUAAGCCUGUGUUUCCAGUAGGUCUACUGCCACCUUUAACUCUAGAUGGCAAUGGUGAUGAAGAUGAUACGUGGCUUAAAAUCCGAGAUUGGCUAGACAAGCAAGAAAAAGGGUCUGUAGUAUACAUAGCAUUUGGAAGCGAAGUGGAUUUGAGUCAGAACGAGUUCACUGAGUUGGCACUCGGGUUAGAGCUAUCAGGUUUGCCAUUCUUUUGGGCUUCAAGGAAACGGAACGAUUACUCGGCGGAGUUGCCAGAUGGGUUCGAGGAGCGAGUUGAAGGACGUGGAAUGUUUUGGACGAGUUGGGUACCUCAACCAAGAAUCCUGAGUCAUGAAUCGGUUGGAGGGUUUUUGACUCAUUGUGGUUUUAGUUCAAUUAUAGAUGCUCUAUAUUCUGGACGUGCUUUGAUUAUGUUGCCUAUUACUUUUGACCACGGUUUAAUUGCUAGGGUUUUUGAAGACAAGAAAGUCGGUGUAGAGAUAACAAGAGAUGAGGAAGAUGGGUCUUAUACAAGGGACUCGGUGGCUGACUCAGUGAAAUUGGUUAUGGUUGAGGAGGAAGGAAAAUUGUAUAGAGAGAAUGCAAAACAGAUGUCGAAGUUAUUUGCAAAUGAAGAACUACAUGAUCGUUAUAUUGACCAAUUCGUUGAGCUUCUACAAACUCACCGAGUUGGGUGCACUGAGUCCCCGGUUUUCUAAUUAUUCCGGUGAAUUGGGAGGGGCAGCAUGUGCCUGUAUUUAGUGUGCAAGAGUCGAUAAUAAUGAGAUACAUAUGCUGCUAGGAACUGUAUUAAUAUAAAUUGUUUUAAUUAAUAAAGUAAAUAUAAAAUAA